AUGCCAAGAGUGAAGAAGGAAAACGAAAAUGUGGGGCAAUCAAUAGAAGAGGCAAAACAUGAGAAAGAUGAUGAGUAUAAAGAAGAACAAGGGGUAGAACCUCAGGAAGAGGGCGAACAAUUUGCAGAAGAAGAUGUUGAAGUUGCUCCAGUACGGAAAAGAGGCAGAAAACGGAAAAUUACAACUGUUCUUGAAGAUGAAGACAACAAUGCAACAAAGCUGAGAAAGAAAAGUGCGACAAAGAGUGAAGAUGAUGAAGGGGAAGAAGCAAAUGAAAAUGAUGAAGAAGACGACGACCAAGAAGCUGAAGAAGAAGAAGAUGAUGAAGAAGGAGAAACAGAAGAGGAUGGGAAGAAAAAAAGAGGUAGAAAGAAGAAACCCAAAGUACAACUUUAUGGUGAUGAUGUUUUUGAUGAUGAUGGAAAUCCAUUAAUCAUAGAGAAUGAUGAAGUUGUCAUUCCACGAGAAGAUCCAAAGGGUAAAGAAAAGAUUGAUGACUUGGGUUAUCUUCAAGGGGAUAGAAAAUUUCGAAUGAAAACAUUCAAGUUGUUGGGCAAAGGUGAUAGAUUGUACAUGAUAUCCACUGAGCCUGCUAGAUUGGUUGGAUUUCGUGACUCAUAUUUGUUAUUUAAAACCCACCGUACUUUGUUUAAAAAAGUAGCUGAUAAUGAUGAAAAAAUGGAUCUUAUUCAAAGAGGGAUUAUUCCAAAUUCAUACAAAGGAAGAGCUGUCAAUUUAGUAACGGCAAGAUCCAUAUUUAGAGAAUUUGGUUCAAGAAUGAUUGAGAAUGGUAAAAAAGUGAUUGAUGAUUUCUGGGAACAACGGGCAAUUGAUCAUGGUGAUAUCCCUGGUGAAUUGGCUGACCCUGAUCAAUUUUAUAAGAAUAAGUUGUCUAAUGUUUUGGGUGAUUCUGGUAUAAUCAGUACUGGACAUGCAACUCCUUUAACUGCAACCCCAAUUGUCAGUUAUCAAACUGAUCCGACUUGGAUGUAUCAAAUUGCCAAACAGACAUCUGAAUACAAUAAGAAGCUAUAUGAACUCAGAUCGAAUAAUAUGUUCAAAGGUAAUAAAGACACUUAUACAAAUUUGACUUUUUAUCCCCAAUCGACACAACCAACACAGAUCAAGUAUCUGAAAUUCAACAACAAUAAUGGGAAGUUGGUGUACGACAUUGUCAUGACUAAUAAAAAUAUAAGAAAACCAAUCACCGGAUUGGCAAAAGUACCCAAAUCUAUAUUAAAUGAAAUAGAUGACCCAGAGAUAAAACAAGCAAUAAUUGAUCAACAAGAAUAUGAAAUUAGUACUAGAAAAAUAUAA